AUGGCGUUCCCAGCAGCAGAGGGUCCAGAUACAGAGGCUGUCGUUGAGAAGACCUCGCGACAACCACCUUCUGCUCCAACAUGGCAUUCGAUCAAGCCAGAUGGCGUCUCGUCCGAGUUCGUCGACGCCCCUGAGAGACCUCUGAGCGAGACAGAAAACAUGACGCCCGGAUCAGAGAAAGCAGAUUCUCGCAAAUCGAAGAAGUUAAACGAAUCGAAUGUUUCAUUUACUUCUACGAUCGAAUACGAUCAGACGCCUUUCGAUCAAUACAUUCAUCAAGUCAAGGAGCUGUGUCACCUCUUAUGGCCGCCCUUGCCCAAAAUUUCACAAGAUGUCAAAACUUCCCGCGUCGAGCGUCUACUAGCUAACAAUCGUGUGGCUGGGGUUUUACUGCCAAAAAGGAGUCGCUCCGCACGAGCUCCUGCUCCGCCCAAAGAGUUCCUGAUUGAGCGACUACGCGGCGGAGGCUUCAAUCGAGUCAUCGGUAUAACCGUCAAGCAUUCGCCUGAUGAAGAACCUGUGCGCCUCAUAUUAAGAGUGCCUCGAUUUGAUGACACUCGGCCCGAUCGGGAAGUCGCUGUACUACAUUUCAUUCGUCAUUAUACACAAAUACCAGUACCGGAGGUCAAAUACGUCGAUUUGACCAGCGACAACCCAUUGAAGCAGUGUUACGUCAUCCAUAAUCGCAUCCCCGGAUGUGACCUUCAGAACAAUACCGGUCCUACAUUCUAUCUCAGUCUGAACCAUGAGCAAAAGUGCACGUUUGCGAAAGAGUUCGCUCUGCUAUUGCUCGAGUUACAUGAUAUCGCGCACCCGUUUCCUGGCCUCAUAGAAGUUUCGGCGGACAGUGAUAACGAUCGGAGCUUUACUGUUCGUCCCUUCGAACUCGAGACGGUUUCUGGCUACGAGCGAGAGCUGGACUUGACCACUAAGCUUCCUUUCUUCCAAGUUCGUCCAUUCGUGAAGGAUUGGAAGCGGUCUGAGAAUCCGCCUCGCGAACAGUGCACAUACUAUUUCAUGAUUGCACAAUUUGGUCGGUGGAAAGCUCUGGAGUUGCGUUCCGACCCAGCGACCAUCAGCUGGUCGAAGAGUUAUGACCGCCUUGUCACGAUGGCACUUCAGAUGGACACUUUUGGCUUCUUGGGUAAAGAUGAGAAUUGUAUAUGUCACCUCGAUCUCUUAGGGGCACCGCGCAACAUCAUGGUAGACAUCAAAUCGGACGGCUCUAUGAGCAUUACCGGCAUUCUCGAUUGGGACAGCGCGGUUUUUGCGCCCAGGUUCGCCGGCUGUGCGCCACCUAUGUGGCUAUGGGCCUGGGAUGAUAUCAAAGAGGACGAAAAACACGCUAAUGAUACUCCAUCGAAUCCUGAAGAUCGAGAGAUCAAGAGAAUCUUCGAGGAGACAGUCGGAGACUGGUUUCUGUCGUACGCGUACAAGCCGGAAUACCGUCUGGCUAGAGAAUUGUUUCGAUUCGCAAAAUCUGGCAUAACAUCGAGCACAGAAACGCAAGAGGUUGAGGAGCUUUUGAAGGAGUGGGCCGCGAUAUACGAAUCUAGGGUAGCAGAUGCAGAGGAGGAAGCCACAAACACGGAGGAUGCGGCUUCAGAAAAAGCCGCAGAGGGCGAGGUCGACGGUUUAACAGAAAAAGGGCUUCUUAGCGAUGAGAGGACUUCUUUUGUGUGA